AUGUCUGCCUCCCCGCAAGAUACUGUGCCUACCAAUGCAAAUACGCCCACGACGACGACCACGAAUGCGAGUUCAAACCUGCAGCUGUCGACGUUGUUGACGGAGACGUAUACCGAAAACGAGGCGUUGAAGAAAGAAUUGACCAAUACGAGGAAACGCGUGGAGAAGGCUGAGCGGCUGUUGCUAGCGCUAACGGAUGCGUCGUCGUCGUCGCCCUCGUCCGAAUCGUCGGCGAAGCGCGUUUUUAUCGAGUAUGAGGACCGAGUGCAGAGGGCGGAGAUAGCAAGGGAUGAAGCGGAGUCAAGGAGGAGAGCCGUCGUGGAGAAUUGGGCGCAAUUCGAUCGUUGGCUGCAGAUGGGUGACUUGCGUAAUCAGGAGGCGAGAGAGUCGUUUGGGAGGAUUUACUCCGUUGUUGGGUACACCCUCAAUGGCUCCUCCACCACCACCGACAUCUCAACCACCGAGGAGACAUGCUACAAGGACCCCAAUGACCCCUUUUCCUUCUUUACCACCACUUCCACCACUACCCCCUACUACUUCAACGUCCCGCAGAGCACGCACGCCAAGCAUAGAAAGCGAAUACACCCACCCACCAUCAAAACGAUCCCGCGGGAAUGGAGAACCGAGGAUGUCUUAUUCCGACUCGCCGACGCCAUCAACGGCAUCGCUGCGAAUCAACAACCACCACCACCGCAUAUGGCUAGUCUUCCUUUACCAUCUACUACGACAUCUCAAAAUGGUUCCCCGCAUCUGCGGAGCCACCACUCACGAAGACACGCCGAGGAGGGGAGUAGUAGUAGCAGGCGCGUACACGUUUAUCAGGGUCAACAAGCACAAGAAGGAGUUGGGUAUGCGUAUCCGGCUAAUCAGUCUGUCCCGAGGAAGGACGUCGGAUUGCAGCAACAGCCGCCCGGUCCACUCGUUCAGCCGGGUCAGGUUCAGCAGUAUCAGACUCAUGUGUUUGCUCCGGUCGUUACGGGUGCACCCAUGAAGAAGCCAAAAUAUUCCGUUAGUGGGAGUAGUAUUGGAGGUGGGGGGAGUGUCGGUGCGUUGGCUGGGGUGCCUGGAGGACCAGCAGGAGGCCCAAUCGACCCACCAAUCGUCGCACCGCCUCCCCAAGUCUUUCCAGCCACAAACGCCCAAGGCCAGAGGAUCUGUCGACAAUGCGGUCUCCCAGGACGGUAUAAAGACAACAAGUGCGUUGAAAAAUGGGGUCCUGGGCCGAUGGGUCCUGGGACUGUUUGCGAUCGGUGUAGGAAGAAAAUGAAACGCGUCGAGAGGCGAGGAACCUUGGAGACGCAACAGCAAAUGGCGGUCAUGCACCAGCACCAGCAACAACAGCAGCAGCAGCAGCCUUCGCGAGGGGGGUCAAUCUCACAACUUCCGCUUUCUCAAGGCUCGGAUCGAUCGAUACAUAGGACGGAUACGGUUCUUACGCAUCAUGGAAGUUUCUCGCAGCCCUCGCAAUCGCAAUCGCAGGUUCUGGGGAGGGAGCCGUCGCAGCCCCAACUUCACGCGCAGACCCAGGCUCCACCGCGUUCAUCUCACUCCCAUCCAUCCCAUACCUCGCAUUUGAGAACACCCACAAUUACACAAGUAGGUGGUGCUAGUCCGAACCGUAGCCCCCCGCCUUCUAUAGCUGCGUUUGAGGAGGACGAAGGGGAGGAGGAGGAUGCUGAACAUGAACGUGAACAGGAGCAUGAUGGGGAGGAUGGCGAUUCGGAGCAGUUGCCGCUUUCGAAUGUAGGGAGGGGAGGAAAGGUUGGGAGUAGGAGUCGGGCGGGCGUGAAGAAAAACGGUGCUACUGCCGCUGGAGGGAAGGACGUCGUUAGUGGGAGUGGAGGGAGGAGCACGCCUACGGGCGGGGGGAGGGGCACGCCCGCGGGUGGUGGAGGGAGAAGUACCCCGGUUGUAGGAGGGAGAAGCACGCCAGCUGGAAGGAGCACACCGUCAGGAGCGAGGAGGACGACGCCGGCAAACAAAAAAUCCCCGUUGGGUGCGACAAUAUCACCCACACUUGGGAUGGAGGUGGACGAGACGGACGCUGAUGCUGAUGCGGAUGCGGAAGCUGAGGCUGAGGCUGAGAUUUUGGGUGCGGUUGAAGCGACUGGUGGUGGGGAUCAGGAGAUGGUUGAUGCGGAUGGGGAUGCAGAGGCGGAGCUGUUGGAGGCUGUGGAUGCUGCCGAGGCGAAUAGCAGCAGCAGCAGUAGCCACGGCGGACCGAGUGGAGGAGGGUGGAUGAAGGAGGAGGAUGGGGCUUAAUAUCGAGUUUGGUUGCGUUUUUCUCUUUCUUUCUAUCUUUUCCACUCUUUCGUCGUCGUCGUCGCUAUCAUCGCAUGCUCCUUGCUAUCCGUGAUACCCCUCCCACAUAACCAUUCUAUCAUCUCAUGCACCUACCACACUUGUGCAUAAAAAAAUCAUUUCGGAUGUACAUGCUCUAUCAUUUCUUUCUAGCCUACUAUUAACUACCUACUACGAAGCAGGAUUAAGCAGCAUCCCGAUAAUUGUAAAAAGUAAUUAUAAUCGAUUCAUUUACUGAUUCC